AUGCUAGGCAGUGUUGGCGGUGGUGGUAUAAAUUCGUCAUCAACUGCUUCAAGUCUAACUCCUCAGUUCAAUACAUUAUCUGAUCUUCAGGUAAAUACGAGUAAACACUUCAUGGGACAGCUAUCUGGUAUCGACGGUGACUAUCCACUUAAUAACCAUCAGUCUGUUGUCUCAUCGAAUUCGUUUGAAGAUAUCGGCUUAUCCUAUGGUUGUCAAAGCCGGCUGGGAAUGCCAACAGCGACUUCAUGGACAGACUCACCGGUAAAAACUGAUUCUGACGGAAAUCAACAGAAUCCCUCUGGUCUGCUAACUGAUUGUUCUCAACCUGUCGCUGCAGCUGCUCAUUCAUCAUCUUCGCCUCGAUCAUCCUCUUUACCGAAUAGUCUAUCACCAGUAUUAUCACGUAAUGGAUCCGUUGAAUCAAAUCUACAGCAUUCCAUUUCAUCACAUCUUGAUAAACAAUCAUCAGUGUCCAGUAGACAAGAAUCAAUGUUUGCAUUCACUCCAUCCCAGUCAACAUUAAACAAUACGAAUAUCAUUAAUGAUCCGAUUUCUGUUGGUUGUAAACCAUUCAAACCGACCGGCUUAUCGAAUGAUAUGUGUUCAACACACUAUACAUCGCAGAAAUCCAAGGAUCCAUUGAUUGUAAAACAUGCGAAUCACAAUAACAAUACAAGUAAUCACAAACCGCUUAGUUCAUCUUUGACAUCGAAUGUCAUCAAUUCUCCUGAAUCUUUGGCCAAUUCUUUCUCCUUAUGCUUACCAUCUUCUCCUACUUGUACUAGUAAACCAUUAUUCAAUUAUGAUGAUUUUGAAAGGAUUUCUCCAGAAUUAUCCGUAAAGAACAAGAACACUACAGUCAGUUCACAACAACACAUAUCUAGUAAUCGAAUCUAUUCUACUCCCUGUGGAAGUAACCUCACGACUGUGACCAUCCCCGCUGCUGCUACUACUACUACUCCAUCCAUCACUAAUACUACUCGAAGUGAUAAAAGUAGUAUUCAUAAUGAUCAUGGUCAUAAUCAAUCAAUUGUCACAAUUUCUUCUGCUACUCCUACUACUACAACAACUACAACUGGCAAUAAACGUGUUCAUAUUAAAAAGCCAUUAAAUGCAUUUAUGCUAUUCAUGAAAGAUAUGCGACCAAAAGUACAAGAAGAAUGUACAUUAAAAGAGUCAGCUGCAAUUAAUCAAAUUCUUGGCAAAAAAUGGCAUGAAUUAUCACGUGAAAAACAAGCAAAAUAUUAUGAAUUGGCUAGAAAAGAGAAAGAACUUCAUCAUCAGUUAUUUCCAGGUUGGUCUGCAAGAGACAAUUACGCCAUACAUUCAAGGCGUAAAAAGAAAGGAAAAUCUGGUGGUGAUUUUGGUAAUUCUGAUUCAAAUGAAGAACGUACUGGCAGCGGUAGAUUAUCCCUGUUAGCCGGUAAUGCAAACUCUACAGAUAUAAGCAGUGCUAAGAAGUGUCGUGCACGUUUUGGUCUAGAGCAUCAAAAUCGUUGGUGUAAACCAUGCAGACGUAAGAAAAAGUGUAUUCGUUUCUUAACAGAUGCUGAAUUUGAAGAGGAGAACACUUUUCCUGUCUCACCGAUUUCAUCACCUUCUACACUGAGUAAUUCCAAGAAGUUGACAUCAUCAGUAACAGUGACAACAACUGUAAUGACGACAAUGUCGUCAACAACCUAUCAGCCUUCAAAUCUUUCCAAUUAUUGCGUUUCAAAACAAUUCUCCUCCUCUUCAAGUGAAUCAACCUACAAUUUCAUGAGUGGAUUACAUUUGGAUAGUAAUAAUAAUAAUAAUAAUAAUAAUGGUAUUACUGGAACUACUACUACUACUUUAAGUAGUAAUUUCUGGCCCAAUUAUACACCAAAUAUACAUCACUCAAUAUUAUCAUCUAAUGGCAAUAUAUCAUCAGAGAACACCAGUAAAAGUAAUAAUAAUACUGAUGGCUUAAUUAGUGGUUCCUUACUAACCUACAUGUCAAGAGGUUCGCAUAAUGUAUCAGAUCUCACUUCAGCGGUAACAGCAACAACAACACCAUCAACAUUGGUAACUGUAUCCAGUGUAUCUGAUUUUUCUAAAUCGAAUGCUUCUUUAAGUCGGUCGGAUAGAUUUUGUGUUAAUUCAUUUACUCCAGCUAUGUACUCAAAUCUACCGCCUAUUUCCUCAGAGAUAUCAUCAAAUUGGUCGUAUAAAAAUAUUCUUAAUGCAACUGUUCAGAAUAUUGGAUCAAAAUCGUCAACUGAUGGAUUACUGCCUCCAUCAUCAUCAUCAUCAUCAUCGGCUACUAGUAUUACUACUAUGAAAAAUACAGUUCUAAUGAGAUCGAAUCCAUUUCUGCAUGAAAAUAUUACAACAUGGUGUUGUUCUCCACCAGCGCCACCGUCAUCUAUUCUAUCUGCAUCGCAUAUUCCUCUUCCUGCACACUUUUCAUCUCCAAUUCAUCUUCCAUUAUCAUCAUCAUCAGAAGAGAAUUUCGAUGUGAAUUAUUGUUUAUCUCCAUUAUUAUUUUCUGAUUUAUCAUCACAUGCUGCUAAAUUGUUAAACAGUAAUCAUGAAAAAUUAAAGCCCAAUAUACUUGAUCGUCAUUGUAAUCAUGAUAAUUAUUUGCAUAUAUCACCUGUGUGUUGUUCCACUAAUACUACUAAUAAUCCAUUGUUGAAAAGUAGUAUCGGUGGUGAUAAUGAUGAUGAUAACAAUCGGAAUAUAAUUUCAUUUAAUAUUAAGAAAUGAUUUUACUUUUUUCUUUGUUUUCCUCUUUCGUGUUUUAUUUAAUUUUUCUUUGUUUAUUCCCUUUUUUUUCUGUUCGCGUAUUUUUCACUUUUGACUUCAUUACUGCAAUAAACUGGUUUAUCAUCAUUAUUAAUAUCAUUACUAUUAUUUUUUUAAAUAAUUUAUUCUAGAGCAUAAUUUCGCCUCACCUCUCCUCCGCCGAUAUUUUAUUCCUUGAUGAGGAUGCUGAUGUCAACCUUGGUGAUGAUGGUCCUUUACCGUCUAUCAGUUAAUUUCCUUCAGUACACAUACGCACACACACACACACACAUGUCAUCGUACACACUUACAACCGGUUUGAUUUACAGCUCCUGUGUGUGUGUGUAUGUGUUCAGUGUACUGUACUCAGCUGUCGGAUGCAGUGUGGAAUGAGAUAACACUUUACUCUUGGUAUUUAUUUCCUAUUAGGUUAUGUUUAUAAAUUAGCGCCAUUCUGUCUCUCAUAUGUGUGUGUAUGUGUUUAUAUUCACUAUUCUGUGAUCAUUCUCUCUCUCUGUCUCUCUUUAUCUUCUUCACUGUCUCUGUUAGUGUAUCUCACAGUAAUAGUAAUGAUUUGAUUAGGUUGUUCAGUUGACGACGACAUUCUUUCACCUUCAUCUGACCUUCAACCUCCCGACUGGCGUUAUCAUAUUCUUUAAUUUCUGUUUGUUUUUUAUUCUUAUACUUUUGUGCAGUAUAUUUUAAACUUUAUCCUACUCAUCAGUUGUCUGAUUGUCGUAUUGCUUUCUUCACCUCAACGCCUAAUAUCUUCUACCGAUUGUAUUGUGUGUGUGUAUAUGUUUAUCUAGUAUUUGGUGACACUGCUUACUCAAGUGUGCUCGACUUUCAUACGGAUCCUGAUAUUAAUGAAGACAAUAGAUCAAUUAAUUUAUUCCGAAAAAACCUUGAUCAAACUGUUGAUAGGCAUAGGUGAUAACUUUAAGCAUUUUUGUGUGUGUGUGUGUGUAUCUGUGUUCUCCUUUCCUUUCAAUAAUUGAUAUAUACUGCUGACGAUACAAAAAGUAUCUGUUUGUGUAUGCGUGCGUCCGAGUUUUUAUGAUUUCUUUUCUGUGUUCUAAUUGUUUAUUUUCUUUUCAAAUUUAUUUAUUAUUCAUGUGUAAAUAAACUCAUUUCUCUUCUUCUAUUCACUGUAUCGCCUUUUAUCCUGGUUACUGAUGAUUGGUUAUUAUUACCAGUAUUGUUUUAUCUGCAUGGCACACUCUCUCCGGCUUCACAUGGUAUAUUCCUUCAUUUAUCUAUAGAAUAUUUUUGUGCAACUUGUGUUUCUGUCUUCUCUGAUUAACUGUUCUCCUUUUUUUUUUCGCCUUCUUAUCUUUUGUGUGUAUGUGUGUGUAUUUUGCAUUCCACCAGAUGGAUGGAUGCAUGAGGCACUCUGACGCACACACUCACCUUGGUUUCCUUGCAAUUUGUAAUCAUUCUUUUUUUAUGCCAUGGUGAUCUUGAAUUGAUGAUAUGACUGUAGGCACAUUUGUUCAUUCACACACACACACACACAAAACACCUGUAUGUAUGUACACUAAUCUUCUAACCGAGUAAAAAUAGCCUUCACAUCUUGUCUUUUUAUGCGCAUGGAUUAGCACAUAUUGUCUCGGAAAACAAAGAUACAUGCUACAGUAUAUUGAUGAUAACGAUGUUGUUGACGAUUAUGUGUAAGUAAUAGUGUAUUAGUACGGGUAUUAAUCUCUUCUGACUUAGACUUUUGUGUUUCUUUGCCCAGUAUGCCCAAGAUACGCAUAAUUAUGGUUUUUUUAAAACUGCUGAAAAGAAAUCACUCUUUG